GCUCCCAGCAGUAUUUCUGUUAUUGAAAACUCUCAAAAACUUUGCAUUAGCUUUCAAGAUUACUACAGCCAAUCCACAAAUUCAUCUUGAUAAAACAAUAUUUCGAUAAUUAAAUCAUAUAUAUUUCCUUAUUCCACUUAAUUUUCAUAUACAAAAAACCAAAAUGGAGGACAUUGUGGUGAAUAUACAACGAAUUUCUUCGAACUAUCUCGAGGAACUGGAAGAAGAGCCCGAAGGUCCACCCAAGUUGACCAAGGCCCAAAAAAAGGCUCUUCGGAAGGAGGCCAAGCGGUUAGCCGUUAUCGCGGAAAAGCGCCUAAUCAUGCGAGAUGCUCUGAUGCGAGAACUGGAGAUGGGCAAGCGCAUGGAGGAGCGCGGCAACGAUGAGUGGCACCAGCUCUGUCGCGAAAUCAAAAUAAAAGAGCUGAGGGAGGAAAUGAUUGCCUGGGGCGAACGCUCGGAGCGCCAAAUCUCCGCCAAGUCAGACCACAUCAAGAUGCUGCUGGAUGAUAUGACCCAGACGCAGGAUCAGCACGUCAAUUGCUUCAGCAAAACGAUUGAGCUGACUGACCACAUCCGCGACUGCUUCCACGUGAUGCUCGGCGGAAUCAAGACGAUGUAUGCCCAGCAGGCGGAUGAGAUGCUGAGGGACUACUAUGACGAGGUGCGUCGCCGCACCGAGGAGAUGGAGGCCAUGCAGCUAAACGCCGAGAACAUUAUCCAUGCCACCAAUAUCAUCACGCGCGACCAGCUUAAGGAGGAUUACAACAUCUACCUGGAGCAGCGGGAUGAUCGAGUCAACACCGAGAUCGAGAACAGGUUCCGCAUCCGAGACCAGGUUGCCUUCCGGAUGUUAGAGAUGCAGGAGCAGCUCAACGACUUUGUGCAGUCCCUGCGAAGCACCGAGCUGGAUGCCCACAAGUACGAGAAGAUCGCCUGGCUCACCGAGCGCCAGGAGGCCUUCAUGGAGGAAUCUCGGAAGCUGAACGCCGAGGAAGCCAAGUACAUCAACAUGCUGGCGGAUCUCCAUCGGGAGAUGGUUCGCAUAGAUACGGAGAACAACUCCACGCUAAACGACCUCCGUCUGGAGUUCCAGUACUUUACCAAUGUCCGCAAGAAGAUCGAGCUCAACCAGGAGAUGGAUCGGAAUAUCACGCACGAGAAGUUGCGAAUUCUUACCGGCGAGUGCUACGAAUUGAUCAAGCAAAUGGAGAAGCAUGUAAAGAGCGGGGAGCUGCUCCUGGCCCUGUCGAUCACCUGUCGCAAGCUGCAGACCGAGUCGGAGAAGGUGAUCUUGGGCGGCGAGGUCUUUGACGAAACCGAGGUGGAAGAGGUCGAGCAGUUCAAGCUGAACACCCUUAACCUAAAGAAUCACGUGGACAUGACCGAGGAGGAGCUGAUAGAGCUCAACAAGAACAUGAAGAACUUUUGGCGCCGCCAAGCGAUGGCCGAGGCCCAGAAUAUGCUGAUGCUCGAGGAGAAGCGUCGUCUCACCGAGGACAAUCAGCGCCUCAUCGACUUCAUCAAGUCCAUGAGCGUCACAGAGGAUCCCGAGGAGCUGCGGUCGGCAGUGCAUGUGGUUACCUGUGAAAACCAGCCCAUGCCACCGUAUGUCUUCCAGUCCAAGUGCAAGGAGUUCAAGUCCAAAAAGACAUACAAGUCGGCUUUGGCUCAUCAGGACUAUAAGCAUGACGCCGAACGUAUUCUGCAGGACGUUAUUCUGGAAUAUUGAAACUGAACUCGAUGAACCAAGAAAAAUUUACAGCUCAAUUGUUCUCAUUCCAUUAAAGCUAAUAAAAAAGGCGAAACAAUUAGUCUUUAAAUUAAUUAA